UACACAUCUAUGGGUAUUUUGAGGAAGACAUGUCAGUGAAAUAUAUCUCAGAGGUUGCACUCGCUCUGGAUUAUCUCCAUCGACAUGGAAUAAUUCACAGGGACCUGAAACCAGACAACAUGCUUAUUUCCAAUGAGGGCCACAUUAAACUGACUGAUUUUGGCCUCUCUAAGGUUAAGCUUGACAGAGAGCUGAAUCUUGUGGAUAUUUUGACAACGCCAUCUUUGGCAAAACCGAAGAAAGAUUAUUUCAGAACUCCUGGACAAGUCCUCUCAUUGAUAAGCUCACUUGGUCUUAAUACUCCAGUGACUGAGAGUAAGCGGCAUUGUAGUGCCUCGGCUGUUCUCAGCCCCAUGUCCUGUGGGAAAGUGGAGAUGCGGAAGAGUUCCCUUUGUUCACCUCUCUUGAGGAAGAAGAAAGAACACUCUUAUUCCCCUGCCUGCUGUACCCGAGCUCUUGUAUCCAACAGUGUGUUCAGCCCAGAGGUGUUGGCCAAGAACCUAACCCCCAGGCUGAUGAAGUCUAGGAAGAGGGUUUUGAACAGUGUAAGCAGCGGUCAUUUAUGUCUUUUCCCCUCCACUACUGACUCUGAGAGCUGUGUGAGUCCACUAUGGGAGGAUGAGCAGGAAAUUAAUGACCAUGAAAACAUUCCAUAUCAGUGUGGAAAGGGGGGUACUGACAAAACAACGAAAAACAAUGCUUCUACAGCGCUGGAAGAGAUACACAGAGAUGAAAUCCAAUUUUCAGGCAGGGAUACUGCUCUGACAUCACUUGAUAACUUUGACUUGAGUGCACGCCCUCAUAGAAGACAUCCUGAGUUCUUUGGAGCUGAAUUGUCCAACAGGAAGAAACCAGAUGUUUCAGUGGGGAAGAGGCUCCAUAUAAAUGACACUGAAAAAGGUGCAGUCUCACAAACACAGCCUCUUCUCAGUCAGUCAGCUGGGGGUGGUGUUAGAACUGCCCGUUCUGCACGUCUUAUGCAAGCUGUGGGGACUGAGUCCAUAAUAAGGCCAACCCCUUCGGUGAAGAGGGGGUUUGACAAAGUGGAUAGAAGUCCAGAGCAAAUGGAAGUUCAAGCCAAAAAGAGUGAUUCAGACUACAAGAGAAGUUUCGAAAUUCCAGAAAAUGACUUAAAGUUUCAGACAGGUUUGACAGGCCUGUUUUCCACUGUUGGACUGAACGAACUUAGAGCGAACGAGCGAAAUCAUUGUGAGGUAGGAGUCCCCAAACAGGCAAGUCCAGUUACUGUAGCAAAGAACCUUCUCUCUGAGUUAGAAGAACCAUGUGAAGAGGUGCCUUCAAGGGGCACUGGAGUUUCUGCCAGUCUGAGCUUCUCAUCAACAGUGAGUGACAGCCCAGAGCUAAAAAGGAGCCUUAGUUUGGAUUCUAAUGGCUCAAUACAUGAAAUGUCUGUGAUCACAACCACACCUACACCAAAAGGAAGGGACGUUAGUCCUAAAGAGGGACUGUCAUCACCCUUUGAGGAACUGGAUGAAAAUGACAUUUCUGCAGGUCCCCCGUUGCCACAAUUGGAACCAACUUUCCCUAUUAAUACUCCACAGCAAGGCAUGGUUAUAGCCCAGAGGGGUGAGUCUGAAUGCUCUCUGUUGGACCGUCACCAUCCUCUAUCCAGCAGUAUGGUCAAAUCACCCUCUUUCCUCAAGCCCAGGAAUGUGGUCGCUUUUAGGAGCUAUUGUAGCUCUAUCAACCGGUCCAACAUGUCCUGUAGCUCCCGUCGCAGUAUUGGUUCAGUGGAUCUUAUGGACACGUCAGCCUCUUUUCAUAGUGAUCCUACAGCAAUGACGCCAGUACAGAGAAAAAUCCCCAGCUUCAACAGCUCUCUAUGCCAGACUCCACAGCCAAUGGUCAUGUCUCAUACUCCUUUUAGGACACCCAAAAGUGUCCGAAGAGGCCCAGAGCCUGUGGAAGGAGCACCCAUCCUAGGAACUCCUGACUACCUAGCCCCAGAACUUCUCCUAGGCAAACCUCAUGUUUCAGGAUUGAAGUGUGAUUUCAUGGUAGAUUGGUGGGCACUGGGAGUAUGCCUCUUUGAGUUCCUUACAGGAGUUCCACCAUUCAAUGAUGAAACGCCUCAUUUGGUCUUCCAAAACAUUCUCAAUAGAGAUAUACCAUGGCCUGAGGGUGAAGAAGAGCUUGGGCAGAAUGCCAGAAGUACAAUAGAAAUUCUCCUUACGAUGGACAUGGCCAAACGGGCAGGGCUGAAAGAGCUAAAAGAGCAUCCAUUCUUUGCGGGUUUGGAAUGGGACAACCUGCAGAACCAGUCCAUGCCUUUUAUACCUCAGCCUGAUAAUGAGAUGGACACUUCAUACUUUGAGGCAAGAAACAAAGCACAACAUCUCGCCGUCUCUGACUUCAGUCUUUGA